AUGGUUCAGUGGCUUCUCGCCUCACCGUGCCCUGCAGCGCUGCCAUUGCUGCUCAUGAUGUUGACUUUGAUGUGUUGUUCCAGCGGGUGCUUUGCUGCCAGCCUGACGUACCAUUGCAUCUUUGACAAAGCGAUGCGUGUCGACAGGACGAAGUCGAUGCCGGUGGUGAUGAAAAACGUGCCUUUGGGAACGGGAAUUGCGUCGCAGACAUACACCGUCAUCGGGAGGAAUGGAUGGGCACCCAUCCGCAUCAAUGUGUCGACAAGGGACCUGUAUAAUACCAGUAUGUAUUGCACCACAAAAUAUUCUUAUGUGAAAAAUUUAUUGACAGGCUAUUACGAGUGUGAGGGCAAUGCUCUUUCCUUUAAUAAGAGGAAAAUCCUCAUCGACAAUGUUGUUCCUGCAGCUGUCAAACUGCAUGCGGAUCGUCUGCUCGUCCAGCCACUGGAGGGUCCGUUGGUUGUGCCCCAAUUUGCCGCGGGCAGUGUUUGCAGUCGGUUCACUGUGCCUGACGAGCAUCGUUCCGCUGGUGUUGCCAAUUCUGACAUGGUGCUGUACGUGGCUGCGGCGCCGGGUGGUGUGUGGGCACUGCCGUGCGCCACGCUGGAGGAUGGCCGUCCAGUCGUUGGCGUCAUGAACAUUGCCCCGGCCGUUUCAUUUCACGGACGCCUCGCCACCC